UUGCAGUGGAUACCUGACACAUUUGUACUCAAUUACAGAGAGAUGGACUCGUCAGUAUGUCGUGUUUGCCUGGAGAGCCAUCCGAACAUGGUCAAUAUUUUUGAAGGGACACAUGAAGCUGGAAUCUCCAUUUCCGAUAUGAUUUCUGAGUGCACCGGCUUUAAGCUUGAGAAAGGGGAUCGACUUUCCCAAACCAUUUGUACUUCCUGCCUGCAGGAUGCGCAAAAUGCAUUCAAUAUAAAGAACACCUACGAAAGGAGCAGCUUGUUGUACAGCCAGCUAAAAAAUAAUUCCAAUGAGGAGAAUCUUGUUAACUUUCAGUGUGAAGUACAAGUGAAGGAAGAAGACGAAGAUUGUCCAAUCAAAGAGGAACCUGAACCAGACCUGUGCCAGGUGAAGAACGAACCUCUUGAUGAAGACGCAUUCGAGGAGGAACACAGUGCUAGUCCUUUUUCAGACUACGACAAUCAGUCCGAAGGUCAAGUGAAGAUCGAGGAAGAUGAAGAUUAUGGAAAUGAUGAAUAUUGUGAGCCUGAAUCUAAGGAUGGGGAAAAUAACAAACCCCAUAAAUGCUCCCAAUGCCUUAAGACUUUUACAACGAAAACCAAUCUUAAGCGCCACAUGCUAAUUCACGCAGAGGAUCGACCGUUCAAGUGCACCCUCUGUUCAAAGGAUUUCCCCACCAAUGGAACUCUUCAAGAACACAUAAAAUCACAUGAGCGACUCUUCAAGUGUACUUACUGCUCUAAGGGCUUCAAACGUAAAUUACAUCUUCAGGACCACUUGCGUAUACACACAGGAGAAAGACCCUUCAAGUGUUCCCACUGCUCAAACGAUUAUAAAAAUAGUGCACAACUUUACCGUCACAUGCAACUGCAUUUGGGAAAUCACUUGAAGUGUCCCUACUGCCCGAAAACUUUUGGACGGAAAUCAUACUUGGAUUUUCACUUGGCAAUUCAUACAGGAGAACGUCCGUUCAAGUGCACUGAAUGCUCGGCGACUUUUGUGAAAAAUGCCAAUUUUCGGGAUCACAUGCGAACGCACACGGGAGAGCGACCUUUCCAGUGCACCCAGUGCCCAAAGAGCUAUACUAAAAAGUCAAAUCUUCAGAAUCAUUUGCGUUUUCACACUGGAGAACGACCCUUUAAGUGUACUCGUUGCCCACAGGAUUUCACACAAAACAAAUAUCUUCAGGAUCACUUGCAAUGUCAUGUUGGAGAAGUCUUCGAAUGUGACAUCUGCUUAGAAACUUUUGAAAGCAGUUCCGAUUUAAGGCUUCACUUGUUAGUCCACCCAGAGGAACGACCGUUCAGUUGUGCUGAAUGCUCAGCGACUUUUGUUAGCAAUGGGUCUCUUGAAACACACAUGCUUACACACGUAAUAAAAGGUGCUUUUGAGUGCACCGAGUGCCCGAAGAGUUUUAAAAAUAAGACACACUUAAAGAUUCACUCGGCAGUCCACGCUACGGAGCGACAAUUUAAGUGCAAUGAAUGCCCAAAAACUUUUACGAGAAGCGAUUCUCUUCGAACACACAUGCGGAUCCACACGGGUAAACGACCGUUUGAGUGUACCCAGUGCUCAAAAACUUUUUAUACAAAGGCUUUUCUCGAGAACCACUUGCGCGUACACUCAGGAGAACGGCCCUUUAAGUGCACCCACUGCUCAAAGGGCUUUAAAAAUCAAGGAAAUCUUCAGGUACACAUUCGAAUUCACACAGGCGAGCGACCGUAUAGCUGUUCCCACUGCUCUAAGAGUUUUAACCAGGGUUCAACUCUAAAGAGCCACUUAAAAACCCAUAAGGAACUUAAUUUGUAAUAAGU